UAGAAAAUUGUAAAUGUAACCCUCAAUAACCGUCAUUUGGAUUGAACUUACGCGGGGCGGUAGUCGAAAAAUUUAAUUUUUGUUUUUUUAAUUCAAAAUUUUUUUUUUUUUCAUACAAGCUGACACGAGAAAUUAUGAGUCUGAUAAUCCAUAUACAAUAAAGACGACAAUAAUAGAAGACAUUUUCAAAAAAAAAUUUAUUCGUUUCAUACUAUCCUUUAUAACAAAAGUUAUGACAUUUCUAUGUUACUAUUAAUAAGAAAAAUAUUCAAGCUUUUAAACAGAAUCUAAAAUAAAAGCUAAAGAACAUGUCGUGGAAUACAAGAAAUAUUUAUAAAUAUCUGGUGUAGAACAUGUUGAAAUUUAUGUUCUUUAAUAAUAGGUGUGAAAAACGACAUGAGUACAAGUGAAGCCAACAAAAAAGUCGAGUGUGUCAAACAAAAUUUUUUUAUUUCUCAGAAAUUGAUCUAACAGAUUUCAAUCAGUAUCUGUGCAGUCCACCCUUUAGCUCUUUUGCGAUUCGACUGUAUCAAAAACCCUUAUCGUGAAAACUGAAUUAAGUUUUUUCUUUCGGAUACUACACCUACCAUGAAUUGUUGACAAAGUGUAUUGGAUGAAAAUUAAAAGUGUCUCUUAGUUAUUUACGUCGGGUAGCUGCUACUAUAUUGAAUUAUGGGCCAAGGAUUCCAUAAACCCAGUACUGAAGAGCGGUUACAAAAUGCGAAAAGACUUCUUCAACGUGCAAAGCGGGAAACGGAAAGAGAAAAACACGCGUUAGCUACGGAAGAAGAAGCGUUGAAACGAGAAUUAAAAAAAACCGUUGAAAGAGAGGAUCUUCAUUUAGCGAAAAUCCUUUCUCAGGAUAUCGCUCGAACAAGAAAAAGUCAAUGUAAAUUAUACGAAAUGAACUCGCAUCUUCAUGCAUUGCAACUGCAACUUCAAAGUAUCAAAUCUAACCGUAUGCUUUCAGCAUCUAUAGAAAAAAUAACUCAGACUAUAAUCCAACUUAAUAAGGAACUGAAUUUAGAGUCAUUUCAAGAUUUCACGCAAAAAUUUUUGGACGAAACUCACAGGUUGAAUUUUUUUGAUACUAAAACUAAGGAAAUGUCAGCAACUCUAGCAGAAACAACUGCAUCACAUGAAGAGACGACUAUAGAAGCUCAAGACAUUCUCAAACAAGUUCUAGACGAAGUUGGUUUGGAUAAAACAGCAGAGCUUCGAGUGAGUCCUCAAGCUUUGAUGAAACCGUCUUCAACAUAUUUUGAGGAUCCAAAGAAAACCUGUAUUAAUCUAGAUGUAUUUGAAUGUUUGCCUCACGAUAAAGAUGACAUAAAGCAACUUUCCACACCUACAGAAGUAUGCAAAGAAUCCCUUGAAGAGCGAAUUCGAAAGCUAAAUCUGUAUUAGUAUUUUAUUAUCUGAAAAAAAAAAUACUACCAGCCUGGGAAAUAUUUAACAAGCUGUUUUUAAAGCAUGUUGACGUUAAACUUAGUUAUUUCAAAAACGGAUUUUCCUUUUCAUAAAGAGUCCAUGGCCAAAUGUUCUCUAGAAAUCUAUUGAUACUUUAUACAAACGAAUAAAAAAUGGAGUAAAACAAAAAUUAUCUUUUUCUUUAUAAUGGAAAAUUUAAACUUAAAAUCGCUUCAAUCAAAAAGAAACACAUCUUAUUCACCGCAACGUUGAAUAAUCGUUUCGUUUAAUAAGCCUGUCAU